CGAUUUGCUCAGUCGAAUAAUUAGUAGUCAGUAAAGUUGUGCAUCGCUAUAAUAUAUUUUGAAAAUUAAUUUUUGUUCUCAGCUAUAUUAAAAAUUUCAGUAAAAUGUCAUUUAAUUUUCUUAUAGGUGCAAAUAAAACUGCUUCCGUUCUUAAAGAAUUUGUUCGAAAUGCUAGUAAGAAGACUGGUGGUAGCACGAAGAACACAAGCUGUAAAGUGAAACCAAAGCGUAGAGGUUGGAAAGUGCAGGAUGGGCACUUUGUUGAAGCUGGACACAUGCUGGCCACACAAAGAACAACUCGAUUUCAUCCUGGAUUGAAUGUUGGAUUUGGUCGAAAUGGAACUCUUUUUGCUAUGGAGGCUGGCCGCGUGGUGGUGACAUGUGAGAAGUUUGAUCCCAAUUGGGAGCAUACAUGGGUGCAGCGCUUAUACGGUGGUCGUGAACAACAGACAAUACUGAAGAAAUAUUUCAAUGUUAUACCUGAACCUCAACACCAGAGAUUUAAGCUUAUUGAUGAAGUUUAAACAAGCCAGCUGUAAUAAUAGUCUGAUCCUUAAAAUGAUUUUGUAUAACCUAGUCAAUGAAGCCGUUUCAGUGUGUUAAUAUUGUGCCUUCAUUAGAGGGCGUCACUUGAAUUCAGCAGGUUAUAUGAAAUUAUACAUUUAAUUGACUCACCUCAAUGCAUUGUUGAAGACACUGAUCUGUUAUUGAGUAAAGGAUUUGUUAGUCCAAAUACUAAUUUUUUAUAAAAAAACUGAUCAGUGUUCAGUAUGUUUAGAUAAUCUGUAAAUAGUUAAUAUAAUAGUAAUAAAAUCUAAAUAUAAAAGUUAAA